GAUAGAGUUAGUGGCUAACAAAUUAUUUGGGGUCCUGAGUCUUUUUUAUCAAACAAAGGUCGCAAAACCAGGGAAAACGGCGCCCUCUUACAGCUUCGUUUUACCUAAUAGAAAUAUCUUACGGUGUCCGAUUGGUGCCCUCUCUAUUCAAUUACAGUACAUGUUUGAUCAAGAGCAGCUCUGUUCUAAGGUCAGUGGAUGGGACUGGACAAGGCCGUCUACAUUCCACAGUCAAUUGUUGAUGUUUGGGAAAACUGUCGACAAAUGCUUUACUGGAGAUGCCUUCGGAAAGAUGUACCAGAACUUUCUGGAUCGAACAUCGGUCACAACGAAGAAGAAAACGCAUCUUGCACGCCGAACAAUGCCCACAAUUCUGGAAGAUAUGGGUGUUCCUUCAGAUCAGGUCGAUGUGACGGGCAACUGGGCCGGUAAUGAACGGUGAGAGACUUAUACAGCAAAAAUUCCGAAGCUUGCCGUCGUUGCUCUUGCAGGUUUUGCAGUUGGUGAGACCUACUCAGUUCCAUGGGCUAGUGUAGAUGUACCUGUAGAACUGCAGAAAAG